AUGCCCCGUGCUCCAAGGCUUCGACGCAUCAUGCUUGAGGAAGGCCUUAAGGCCCAAAGUGAGACACAGGACCCAGUAGAUGUGCAGGUUCCCUCAACUGUGGAGGAGAUUUAUUGCUCCUCUUCCUCCUCCUCCUCGUCCUCCUCCUCUUCCUCCUUCCCUUUCUCCUCCUCAGCUUCAUCCUCCUCAUGCUAUCCUCUGAUCCCAAGCACCCCAGAGGAUGUUUCUGCUGCUGGGACACCGAGUACUCCCGGGAGUCCUCAGGGAGCCCGCUCCUCCCCUGCUGCCAUGGCAGCCACUCCAUCAAGCCAAUCAGGUGAGGGAUCCUGCCGCCCAGAAGAGGAGGGCCCAAGCGCGUUGCAGGUACAACCAAAUGCUGAGUCCUUGCUCAAAGAUGCCAUUGAUGAUAAGGUGACUGAUUUGGUGAAAUUCCUGCUUCUCAAGUUUCGAAUAAAGGAGCCUGUCACAAAGGCAGAAAUGCUGGAGAUAGUAACCAAAAACUACAAGGAGCACUUCCCCAUCAUCUUCAUGGAAGCUUCUGAGUGCAUGCAGCUUGUCUUUGGCAUUGACAUAAAGGAAGUGAACCCCACUGGUCAGUGCUAUGUCCUCACCAGUGCACUUGGCCUCACCUGUGAUGGAAUGCUGAGUGAUGAUCAUAGCAUGCCAAAGGCUGGCAUUUUGAUACUUGUCCUGAGCAUAAUCUUCAUGGAGGGCAACUGUGCCCCUGAGGAGGAGAUCUGGGAAGUUCUGAGUGUGAUGGGGGUAUAUGCUGGGAGGGAGCACUUCAUCUAUGGGGAGCCCAGGAAGCUCCUCACCAGAGAUUGGGUGCAGGAAAAGUACCUGGAGUACCGCAGGGUGCCCGACAGUGAUCCUUUACGUUAUGAAUUCCUGUGGGAUCCCAGAGCCCAUGCCGAAACCAGCAAGAUGAAAGUCCUGGAGUUUUUGGCCAAGGUCAGUGGAAGUGACCCCAGGUCCUUCCCAUUCUGGUAUGAGGAUGCUUUGCGAGAUGAGGAAGAGAGAGCCCAGGGCAGAAUUGCUACCACUGCCAGUGCCUCAUCCAGCAGCUCCUUCUGCCUUUAA